AGUACAUCCACUUUCAAACAUCCCGAAUCGAGGCUUUUCCCAUUUGUACUCCAUCUUCCCUCCCAGGUAUACUACUUUGGAUGGUCGGUUCUCACAAUUGGGUGCAUGAAAAUGUGAGUUUAGGGUAUUGUUUUGAACCUAGAGUUCUCCUCUACAAGUUGGGGGGUGUCUGGGAGCUUGAGGAGAAACUCAGAAGACCAUUUUUCUGUCUCGACAAAAUG